AUGGAUGUUCACAAUGCAUUCUUACAUGGGGAUCUUGAUGAGGAGGUUUACAUGAAGCUUCCUCCGGGUUUCCGUCAUUCUCAUCCAGGGAAGUCGUAUGAAGAUUACUCGCUCUUCUCUUAUACUCGCAACAACAUAGAGCUUCGUGUGUUAAUUUAUGUUGAUGAUCUCAUCAUUUGUGGCAAUGAUGGAUACAUGUUACAAAAGUUUAAAGAUUAUCUUAGUCGUUGUUUCUCAAUGAAACUUGGGCAAGUUAAACUUAAGUACGCUCUUGAUAUUGUUGCUGACACUGGGGACCUUGAUUCUCGACCUGUUCACACUCCUUUGGAACAGAAUCAUCACCUUGCUACCGACGAUGGUCCUCUACUGUCGAAUCCCAAAUCGUAUCGGCCACCACACGAAGCACAUAUGGAGGCAGCUAUACAUGUUGUCCGUUACUUAAGUGGCUUGCCUGGUCAUGGCAUUUUGCUUAAGUCGUCUUCUGAUUUGUCCAUCGAGGUUUAUUGUGAUUCGGACUGGAGUUCUUGUCCGCUUACGCAUCGGUCGCUUAGUGCCUAUGUUGUUCUGCUUGGUGGUAGUCCUGUUUCGUGGAAGACAAAGAAGCAGAAGACGGUUUCUCAUUCUUCCGCAGAGGCCGAGUAUCGGUCUAUGUAUGUUGCUCUUAAGGAGAUUAAGUGGCUUCGUAAGUUGUUGAAGGAGUUAGGUAUUGUCCACGCUGCGCCAGCUUGCCUAUUUUGUGAUAGUAAAACCGCUAUUUACAUUGCUACGAAUCUUGUUUUCUAUGAGCGUACCAAGCACAUUGGACAUGAUUGUCAUGCAGUUCGUGAUGCGGUUCGGGAAGGAGUGAUUGUCAUGCAACAUGUUCGUACGACUGAGCAACUCGCCAAUAUCUUUACAAAGGCUCUUGGUCGUGAUUAG